AUGAGCAACGUAUUCAGUUCUCGCAGGCCGGUGAUCUUCGUUGGUGCUACGGAUCCAAUUUGCGGCGAAGCUAUCAGGUUCUUUGCAAAUGCGACAAAUAUACCUAUCGUCCUAGCCGAUCUCGACGAGGAUUCUCUUCGCCAGGUUUCCAGCAAGCUACCAAACAGAAGCUCGAUAUCCAUCCGACUGCUGGACAUCUUUGAUUCGGAUCAGAUACGGAGUGUCCUUGCUGAUGCUGCUCUCGUCAUCCAAGGGGCACAGCCGUACCAUACAGCCUCGACUCCUGUCCUCACUGCGUGCAUAGAUGCAAAGGUUCCUUACUUGGACUACUCCGACGAUGUCCAUAGUACACAGGAAUCGCUCAAGCUUCACGAACGGGCAAAGAAAGAAGGCGUUCCUUGCUAUAUCAAUUGCGGUUCAUCUCCCGGCAUGACAAAUCUCCUUGCGGUCGAGAUCGCAGAGGAGCUUGAUAUUGUUGAUACACUCGAUAUUUGCUGGAUGGUUAGCGAGGAGGGUGGUCAGCUCGGCAGAGAUGUUCUCGAGCACCUCAUGCAGAUCACUGGUGGGCCUUGUUUAACCUGGGCCGAUGGGAAGGCAGCUCUCCACGAAAACUGGGUUGAAACCUGCCAGGUUCCUAUGGAUGAUAGCUCGGAGACUUUAGUUUAUGAGAGUGUUCAUCCGGAGCCAGUCACGUUGCCUCGCCGAUUUCCAAAUGUAAACCGAAUUCGCACACUAGGCGCCCUCAAUCCAGCCCCGUUCAAUGGGCUUGCUCGUGGACUUGGAGCUGCCGUUAAUAGCGGAACUAUCUCUAUGGAUUCAGCGAUCGACUUUCUGGAAAAUAUGCAGAAGAAAUCAACUGGGAGCUGGAGCGACAUCAUUGGUGCUGCUACCUCGCAACUACAAGGUGGUAAUAUUUCACUAAACCAACUAUACCAGUUGGCUUCAAAUGGCGCUACAUCCUUGAAGCCGUGGAACCUUGCACUCUGGGGCAUGGUUGCCCAAGUUGGUAAAGGGCAAUGUUCGGCGGCUGAGAGUUUCAACUUCUUGAUCAACUAUGCACGAGGAAAAGAAUCGCCGCGACGGUCUGGUCUUCUCCUUCGGGGUAUUGGCACCCACAACGGACAGCCCGCCGUGGUCAUUAAACGGACUCCGACUAGUUCGAGAGGCUCGCCCCUAGAUCAGAGUAUGGCAACAUCCAUCGGAGCCUGCUGUGCAGCCUUUGCGCUAUUGGCCCUUGACCAAAAAUAUCACAAGUAUGCGGGUGUCAAUUGUCCGGAGGAUUGGGUUAAGCCCAAGGAAUUUUUCAAGUCAAUGGAGAAACUUGGGUGCCCACGAGAUCAGAUCAUUGAAACGCUGUAA